GAUGUGGAGCAGGAGGAGGAGGAGGAGGAGGACGGCGGCGCCGAGGAGGAGGAAGACGACAUGUGGAGCGAGGAGGAAGACGACGCCGACCUGUGGGAGGAUCCCGUGGAGGAGGACAUGUGGGAUGGCGGGGUCGGGGGAGAGCUCUACUUUGGGGACGAGGACUAUGACGAGGACGUGAUGGAGGAAGACGUGGAGGAAGAGGAGGAGGUGGAAGAGGAGGAAGAAGAGGUGCAGACGCCUCCUCCCCCUGUCCUGGCCACGCGGCCUCGACGCCUCCAGACCUUCACCUGCCCGCAAUGCCGAAAAACCUUUUUCCAGAGGAAUUUCCGCCCCAACCUUCAGCUGGCCAACAUGGUGCAAAUCAUCCGCCAGCUGCACCCGCACCCCCAGCGCCUCGCGCCGCCCGCUGCCGGUCCUUCGGUUUCGGGAGCCGCCGUGGGGGUCCCGGGGGUCCUGGUAGCGGGAGGGGGUCAGGGGCCGCCCAAUUUGUGCGAGAAGCACCAGGAACCCCUCAAGCUCUUCUGCGAGGUGGACGAACAAGCCAUCUGCGUGGUGUGCCGGGAGUCGCGGAGCCACAAGCAUCACAGCGUCGUCCCUCUGGAGGAGGUCGUGCAGGAUUACAAGGACAAGAUGAAGCUGGAGAUCAAGGAAUUCGAAUCGGACUUCGAGGUGCUGCACCAGUUCCUGAUCGGGGAGCAGGUCCUGCUCUUACACCAGCUGGAGGAACGCUACGAGAGCCUCUUGGCCCGGCAGAGCAGCAACAUCAGCCAGCUGGAGGAGCAGAGCGCCGCGCUCGGCCGCCUCAUCGCCGAGGCCGAAGACAAGAGCAAGCAGGACGGGCUGCAGCUCCUCAAGGUGGCUGUGAGGUGGCCACUGGUGGCCGUGAGGUCAAUAGAGCGCUCUUUUAUUGGGUGGGUUUUGUUUUGUACACAAAAUUGA